GCCGCGCGCGCCCCCCGGGCCCCGCCGCGGGCAUGGGCGCGCUGCUCAGGGCGCUGCUGCUGCCGCUGUUGGCCCAGUGGCUCCUGCGCGCGGCCCCGGCUUUGGCCCCCGCGCCCUUCACGCUGCCUCUCCGGGUGGCCUCCACCACCAGCCGCGGGGCUGCGCCCACCCCUGGGCCCGGACCCCCAGCCGAACCCCGCGCCGACGGCCUGGCGCUCGCCCUGGAGCCCGCCGGGGGAGCUGCCAACUUCUUGGCCAUGGUGGAUAACCUGCAGGGGGACUCCGGCCGCGGCUACUACCUGGAGAUGCUGAUCGGGACCCCUCCGCAGAAGCUGCAGAUACUCGUUGACACUGGAAGCAGCAACUUCGCCGUGGCCGGUGCCCCGCAUCCCUACAUCGACUCUUACUUUGACGCGGAGAGGUCCAGCACCUACCGCCCCAAGGGCUUUGAUGUCACCGUGAAGUACACGCAAGGGAGCUGGACCGGCCUUGUUGGGGAGGACGUUGUCACCAUCCCCAAGGGCUUCAAUAGUUCUUUUCUUGUCAACAUUGCCACCAUCUUUGAGUCGGAGAAUUUCUUUUUGCCUGGGAUUAAGUGGAAUGGGAUACUCGGACUGGCUUAUGCCACCCUGGCCAAGCCAUCAAGUUCUCUGGAGACCUUCUUUGACUCCCUCGUGGCACAAGCGAAAAUUCCCAACGUGUUCUCCAUGCAGAUGUGUGGGGCUGGAUUGCCAGUGGCUGGAACUGGUACCAACGGAGGUAGUCUUGUCCUGGGUGGAAUUGAACCAACUUUGUACAAAGGAGACAUCUGGUAUACCCCUAUUAAGGAGGAGUGGUACUAUCAGAUAGAAAUUCUGAAAUUGGAAAUCGGAGGCCAGAGCCUUAAUCUGGACUGCAGAGAGUAUAACGCCGACAAAGCCAUCGUGGACAGUGGUACCACACUCCUGCGCCUGCCUCAGAAGGUGUUUAAUGCCGUGGUGGAGGCUGUGGCCCGCACGUCUCUGAUUCCAGAAUUCUCUGACGGUUUCUGGACUGGGUCCCAGCUGGCCUGCUGGACGAAUUCUGAGACACCUUGGUCUUACUUCCCUAAGAUUUCCAUCUACCUGCGAGACGAGAACUCCAGCAGGUCAUUCCGCAUAACUAUCCUGCCUCAGCUUUACAUCCAGCCCAUGAUGGGGGCUGGCCUGAAUUAUGAAUGUUACCGGUUUGGCAUUUCACCUUCCACAAACGCGCUGGUGAUUGGUGCUACCGUGAUGGAGGGCUUCUACGUGGUCUUUGACAGAGCUCGGAAGAGGGUAGGCUUCGCAGCCAGCCCCUGUGCCGAAAUUGCAGGUGCUCCAGUGUCAGAAAUUUCGGGGCCUUUCUCAACAGAAGACGUAGCCAGCAACUGCGUCCCAGCCCUGCCUGUGAAUGAGCCCAUCUUGUGGAUUGUCUCAUAUACUCUCAUGAGCGUGUGUGGAAUCAUCCUUCUUAUCUUAAUCAUCCUGCUGCUACUUCCACUCCGGUGUCGGCAUCUCCCCCGGGACCCUGAGGUUGUCAAUGACGAGUCCUCUCUCGUCCGGCACCGCUGGAAAUGAAGAGAAAAGCCUGAACUCCAAUGACCUUGAACUCCACAAUCUAGCCAGUUGAAUUCAAGUGCAGCAGGCAGGAGUGAGAAGGCAAGGUUUCUUCCUGUGUCCCUUAGUCUUAAAUCUCUGUUCCACUCCUGAUGCCUUCCAGAUGCACUGUAUUUUGAUUCUUGAUUUUAAAGCUUCCUCCUUCUCCCCUACUUCCAAAGAAAAUGAUAAUAACAAUAAUAAUAAUAAAAAGAAAGCACCUCAUUUGUAAUCAAAACAGUGAAUUGGGCUUCAGGCUUUAUGUAGCUGGUUAUGCCAAAUUAGCUAGGUGUGCUAUCAAAAAAACC